GAAUGGAAUCACAGAGUCACAAGCUGUGAAAAAAUUUGUCAACGCCGACUAUAUGAAAAAUCCGCAAUUGCUUUUUGGGCAACCCAAUAAUAUGUUGGACGUCGCUGCAUUGGCUGCUUUUACGAUUUACAACGAAAUGAAGCCUAUAAAAAGGAGUGACAGACGGCGGUCGUUCUUGUUACUGCUAAUGAAACAAUUGGCCACACCAAAUAUCGAAGAACGUGCCCUGAACAACCAUAUAACCUCCUAUCCAAGGAUACGCAAUGCGAUGGAAGCAUUCGAUGUCAGGGUAUUACCAAGACCGAUGGAAGGCAAUGUACCGUCGUUUGCGGCUAGGUCAAGUAGACCGUCAUGUAGGCUUUGCCGUUCUGAGUACGGGCGGCAGCGGAAAACGCGGGCAUACUGCUUCGGCUGCGGCAACGCUGUUUGCGGAGAACAUAGCACACUUUAACAUCGCUGCAACACUUGCGCACAGGGCA